UCUCCCCGCUUCUUGCGCGCCAUUUGUGAUCUUGUUGUAGCGCAGCCGGCAAAAAUCAGAACGCUUCGUCUUUGUUUCUUGCGAAUCUUCCAAGGGAUUUGUGUCCAUUUUGAAGAGAAGUUAAACUUUCGUGAAAUCGUAGAUUGGUGGUGUUGUGUCGUAUUUCCAGCAACUGACUUCAGUUCCGCUGUUUUACUAAAACUGGGACCUACGAUUGCGUAAAUAUUGCGCUUGUGAUCAUCCCCUAACUCCUACACCAUACAGUGAUAGUUGUAGUAAUCAAGCGCCAUGGCAGAAAAGUCGGAAACCCUUGUGACGAAGGAGGAGAAAGUUAACGAAGCGAAGGAACUGUUCGGUCGCGGCAGCCGAAACUAUUGCAUGAAACAGUACGCGGAUGCGGCCGACGAUCUGAGCGCUUGCUGCUCCAUCUACUCCGAGCUGUACGGGCCGAACGCGGAAGAGCUGGGGUUGCCGUAUCUAAUGUAUGCAAAAUCACUGAUUGCCCUCGGGAAAGAUGAGAACAACCUGAUCGCGGCGGCCGACGAUGGCGAAGAGGUAGACGAGGACGACGAGGAGGAUGAGGAGGGCGAGGAAGGUGGCGAAGAAGAAGAAGGAGCUGCUGCUGCUACUGCUGAGGGCGGUGAGGAGGAGAAAGCGGGAGAAGAAAGUGCUGAAAAGGAAAAAGACGGUGAAGCAAUGGAUACGAAGGACGAAGCUGCCUCGGUGGAGAGUAGUGCUACGGAAAAGGAGAAAGAAAAGGAUGGGGAAAAGGAGAAAGAACAUGAGAAGGAAAAGGAUGGUGAAUCAUCAACAGCAGGAGAUAAAGUGGAAGCUAAGGCAGAAGCUGGUGUCAGCAGCACUUCGUCGGACGUUAAUGGCGAGCCACAGCCGGGUCCCUCCACCUCGAACGGUGAUACGAGCGUGCAGGAGGACAACGCGGACAACUUGCAGGUCGCGUGGGAAAUCCUGGAACUGGCGGUACACAUCUUCCAGCAGCAGGGUGAUAAGGGUUACGAAAAUCUUCCCGAAUGCUACACGGAACUGGCAGGCAUCUCGUUCGAAAACAGUUUCUUCAAAGAAGCAAUCAAAGAUUACGUGAAAGCACUAGAAAUUUACCAGAAAACCAAACAACCCGAUCUGCGUCUGCUGGCCGAGGUGAACUACAAGGUUGGGCUGUGCUACAUGAUGGAGCGCGAAUUUGAAGAGUCCAUCAACUCGUUCAAGGGCGCCGUCGCCGAGCUGGAAAAGGUGGUAGAGGAGGAAAAGGCGAAGGAGCAGACCGAUGAUAUUAAGGAAACCAUCCAGGAUCUGGAGCAGAUGAAAAAGGAAAUUUUGGAAAAGAUUGCCGACGUCGAAGAGGCAAUGAAAACGCCCAUCGAAGACGUCAAGCGCGAGCUCUCGAAGAUCAUCGUUUCCGGUGAGGUGGACACGAAUGGCAAGGAUCUGAACAACGGUGCCGGUACAUCGUCCGCCGGCGGUAGUUCCAGCAGCAACGGUUCCACCUCUAAGCUGGCGGCCAAGCCGGCGACCGACAUUUCGCACCUGAUCAAGCGAAAAAAGCCCGACAGCGCCAGCAUGGAAGUGGAAGGAUCGCCGGCCAAGAAGACGGCAUCCGAAGCGGAUAAUGCAGCGACACACAACACAAGUACGUAAGGACAUCAACGCACACAUCAACACACAGACAGAACCUGGAGCAGCAAAUACCGUGUACGUUUUAAGGGUGUUAAGAGUGUGUGUAGUGUGUGUGUUGUGGAGUUCAUGUUUCGCUGUCGUACUUACACACCGUACCACAUUUGCGACAAUCCAUUGAUUUUACGUUUUAAGUUCUUCAUUUGUUUUUGUACUUUUGGUUCUCUUGCGACCUUGCUCUCGAAGGCGGCGCGUAUCACAUCAGCAAGGCCUCUGAAUGCACUCUUCUUUUUCUUUAUUUUAAAUUAUUCGUUAACAUUAUUCCAAACACUGUCUCAAGAGCGGUACGCUCGUGGAAAGAAUUUGAACAACCGGCAUUCCUAGCAUUUGUUCUGGAGCAUAUUGAAGCACCGUGUGCCAAGGUGUGAAGAACUGGAUUCUGUAUUGUACCACGUUAUUCUCGGAAAUAAAAGUAAGGAAACUAUGGAAUUUAUUUA